GAAGAGAGAAUUUUUAUGGUCCUGAAACUGAAAAUUAUUUUACUUCUCCACAAGGAUUCAUUUGCAUUGUACAAGAAGUGGGAAUUCAGCUGUGUAGUUCAGAGCCACCCAAGGUUCUCUCAAGGAAAGUGUGAUAGCUGCAGAGAAAAGUGCAAGAGGAGCACAGUAACGAAGAUGGUAGGCAGCCAAAAAUACGGUACAGAAGAGGAAGCUCAGGAAACUCCCAGAUUUCAACGAAAGACUCUGACGGCACCUGCUCCGUUUGCAGAUGAAACAAGCUGUCAGUGCCAAGCCCCCCACGAGAAACUCACCAUUGCACAAGCCCGCCUGGGAACACCAGUUGACAGACCUGUCAGAGUGUAUGCAGAUGGGAUAUUUGACCUCUUCCACUCUGGCCAUGCUAGAGCUCUUAUGCAAGCCAAAACUCUAUUCCCAAAUAGCUACUUAUUAGUAGGAGUUUGCAGUGAUGAUUUAACUCAUAAAUUCAAAGGCUUCACUGUGAUGAAUGAAACUGAGCGAUAUGAAGCCCUCAGACACUGUCGUUAUGUGGAUGAGGUCAUCAGAGAUGCACCCUGGACACUGACACCCGAGUUCCUUGAAAAACAUAAGAUUGACUUUGUAGCCCACGAUGACAUCCCAUACUCCUCCGCUGGCUCGGAUGAUGUAUACAAACACAUAAAGGAGGCAGGAAUGUUCGUACCAACGCAGAGAACUGAGGGUAUCUCCACAUCAGAUAUCAUCACAAGGAUUGUCCGGGACUACGACGUGUAUGCCCGGCGCAACCUCCAACGAGGAUACACUGCCAAAGAGCUGAAUGUUAGUUUUAUAAAUGAGAAGAAAUACCGCUUUCAAAACCAAGUGGACAAAAUGAAAGAAAAAGUCAAGAAUGUGGAGGAAAAAUCAAAAGAAUUUGUUUACAAGGUGGAAGAGAAGAGCCAUGACCUCAUUCAGAAAUGGGAAGAAAAGUCCAGAGAAUUUAUUGGCAACUUUUUAGAGCUGUUUGGACCUGAUGGAGCCUGGAAGCAGAUGUUCCAGGAACGAAGUGGCCGAAUGCUCCAGGCUUUUUCUCCCCGGCAGAGCCCAAACAGCAGUCCUACACGAGGCCGUUCUCCAUCCCGCUCUCCAUCUCCACCCUGGGUUUUCAAUAAAGCCUCCCCUCCCUCUUCUCCAAAAGCUCCCUCUGCCUCCCUCAGCAGCAUGAGCGAGGGAGAUGAGGAUGAAAAGUAAAAUAUAUAUUUUUUUAACCAUGAGACAGAAGAACAAGCUCUGAACUCAGCUGCUGGAUGGGGAGAAGCGUGAGGAACAUCUCUGGUAUCUCUGACAGCAGGGAACGUGCUCUGGGAGAUGCUGAAAAGACUGGAGCACAGCAAGGGAGAUCUCAGGAAGUGCUUAUCCCAUCCACACUCCCUCACGGUGCCUGGAGGCCCGGCCAGCAGUGCUUGCCAGACACAGUACUGGGGCCUGACAGAAAAGCAUACACCUUUGUACAAGUUUUUGCCCAUGUCUCGCUGCUUACAGCUGCUGCGGCCAGGCCGGGGCGGCGGGGAGCUCCGCACUGAGUGGGGCUGGCGGGACGAGCCCUGUCAGCUCCCGAGCCAGACGCAGCACGCAGGCACGCAACGGCUGUGGCCCGUGGAUGGAGAAGAUGCAGUUGUACUGGACCCUGCUAACCUCGAGCUCUUCUGGCAUGUGAAGAAAUGGCAUUGCUGCAGCAAAUACAUUCAGAAAAGGGAAACAAUUUUACUUUUUUUUCUUUUUAAAUUAAAUCUGCCCCAGACUCCAAACCAUGCCAGUGAAAGGGAGAGGUCUCCAACUGAGUUGGUGGAAAUCCCCUAAAUAUAUUCAAGCUAUUGAAUGCUGCUUGUUGACCAAGCCUCCACAAGGGGUGUAUGUAAAGAGUCAGGCUGUACUUGCUUUAUCAAAUUGCUCCCCCAUGUUCCUAGUGCCUGAACAGCUACCUGGUAACUUCUGUUGUGCUCCCUGGCUUUAUGCUUUGGAGGCAAGAAAGUAAAUGAAAAGACACCCCUAGCUGGAAUGUGUUGUUGUAGGAAAUAGAUAGUUUGAAGAUGUU